ACUCGAUCACGACUUUUCCCACCUUUUUUUUUCACCACCCGAUUCCUUCGAGAUACCCCCCCAAAAUUCCGUCACCAUGUCAUCAAGGCGGAGAUCUUCCGGCAAAUUCACGGCACCAGUCGUCAAGUCGACCCCCAAGGCUUCCAAGACCACAAUUGACGAGAGCAGAGCCGCCGUCUCUGCGACAGACUCUCUGCAAGCCGCACUCAAGGGCAACGCCAACGAAGCGAUUGAGAUUUCUUCCGGCGAGGAGAGCGAUGAGGAUGUUUCAGACGAGGAAAUGGAAGGCGCCGAAGUCGAGACCGGCAACGCAAAGGAAGCCGUGAACGGCACCGCCACAGAAGAAACCACCACACAAACCAAGGCCGAUGCUGAGGCCGGCGCCACAGAGGAGGAAGAAGAGGCAGGGUCGCCCACCUUUGGCGAGCUGAUCCGCGGCACGAUCGACGUCCCCGCCAUGCUCGCGCAACAAGACGACGCCAGCAGCAAGGCCCUCGUCUCGCAGUCAUCAAGAAAGGGCCUCGAGCCCGUGUCGCUAUCCUCUCUGAGUACCGUCCUCACCCAGGCGCUCAAGACCGACGACACCGACCUCCUCGAGAACUGCCUGCAGACCAGCCAGCCCGAAGGCAUCAAGCAGACGAUUGAGCGCCUCGACAGCAGCCUCGCCGGCGUCCUCCUCACCAAGCUCUCCGCCCGCUUCCACAGACGGCCCGGUCGCGCGGGCAGCCUCAUGGACUGGGUCAAGUGGACGCUCAUCGUACACGGCGGCGCGUUGGCGGUCCAGCCCAAAGCCCUGGAGCGGUUAGUCGCGCUACAAAAGGUCCUCAGCGAGCGCUCGCGCGGUCUGCCGAGCCUGCUCGCCCUCAAGGGCAAGCUGGACAUGUUGCAUGCGCAGAUGGAGCUCAGGAACGGACGGACACGUGGGGGUGACGCCGCGAGACAGCUCGAAGACGCGGAUGACGAGGACGAUGACGAGGAGGAGGGUGCCAUCUACGUCGAAGGCGAGGAGGACGCCGAGACGGUGUUGAACGGCGCAAGGAAUGCGCUCCUGGGAAUUGACGACGAUGAUGACGAUGAGGUUCCUGCUGCCAACGGCUUCGUCGGCGAUUCGGAUGACGAAGAUGACGAGGAAGAGGUUGCUGCGGCGGAGGACGAGAGCUCGGGCGAGGAGGUUAUUGACGAGGACGAGGUUGAUCACGACGAUGUUGAAGAUUCGGAUGAGGACGACGACAGCGACGCGGAGGCGGCACCGCCGACAAAGGUUCAGAAAACUGCUUCUUCGUUCGCAAAGAGAAAAUAAGGGGAUGACUCGGUCUUCACGGGGGCGUAGAGAAUGGCGGGGUAGAAACGGCACAUAGACUUGGC